UUUUUUUUUUUAAUGAAGGAUGAUGGUGAAUGUGGAGGAGAAGUGAAAGUGGUGAGUUAAUUUCAGCCUGGGGAAACUUCCGAUUGUUUGAAUAAAGCUUUAGAUCCUUGGGAGAUAGGAGUUUUAGCACUUUCCACACUUGUAUCAAAGGGUAUGUUGUGAUUGCUUAUGCUCAGUCAUAUACUAUUGAGACAGUGACAUUUGCUAUUUCCAUCCAACAACAAUCAAAGAUUGAGUUCAGGGAAACAAGAGCACUAGUAUGAGCCCCAAGAGAGAAUUGGCUCUAUAGAAGCAGGAGGUAAUUUCAUUGGUGGCACUAAUGUUGGAAAUAAAAUGCAAAAACUGUAGGCUGAGAUACCACACAAUGUCACUGAAAUUCCUGGCUGAGUGUUUGAUAUACUAAACAGAAGAUAUGUUUCUCCAAGAUGUAUCAAGAUAUUUGUUGUGGAUUAAGCACAUGAAAUGUUGAGUCAUGGAUUUAAGGAUCAAAUCUACAAGAUUUUCCAGAAAUUAAGUACUUUAAUGACUGAAAUUCUCAGGAGGUUGUAUUUCUUAAUUUUAAAUUAAUUUCUUAAUUUAAGUUAAUUUAUUAAUCAAUGGCUCAAGACAUUUCUAAACUGGUCAGUUGAUUCCCUCCUUAAUCCAGUCACCCAAGAGCUCAGUAAGGGCAAAAGAGAGAGAAAGUGCUACUGCAGGUCAACAUAUAAUCCCUUGUGACUUUAACACUCAGUCCCACGAAUAGACUGGUAAAUAGCCACGGAGGAGGUGACUAACAUUAAAUCAAGCUCUGAUUUGCAAAAAUCACAAAUGUCUGAAAGCUAAAUGCUCAUAUUGAAUAUUUUAAAAACAGACUUUUCCUAGUUGGAGCUGGAGUCAUUGGAUCAUAAUCCUUCUUAGGAUCAAGAGAAUCAUAAUAGCACCUAUUGCCCAGUAUUGUUAUGAGGAUCAGAUGAUAUAUGAAAAGUGCUUUGGAAACCUUACAGUGUAAUAUAAAUGUUAGCUGUUGUUAUUUCAUUUAAGACUGCGUUGUUCAAGAAUCAUCCUCUAUGUGAAGUUUUUCUUAAGCCACUCAGCUUAGUAAAUUCCCCCUAUUCACUUUCAUCCUUAUCUACAUAUCAGAUAUGUACCUGCUGUUUUCUUUGAUAGAGUGUAAGAUCUUUGAAGUCACAGAAUGCUUCACAGGCUGUUCUAGCACAAUGCCUGGCACAAGAGUCUGUUCCUAAUAAAUGAUUGAUUCGAGACACGGAGCUGCAAACACUUUCUAAUAAUCAGAACUAUCCUUAAGUCAAAUGGGCUAUUUCUUAGGGGUGGUGAGUUUUUUUCAUCGUUGGAAAUCUUCAAAGAGGACUGUAGAAAGGAUUCUUGGUUAAAACAUUGGAAUAAACGUCUUCUGAUGAUCCAGGAGCCUGAACUGGCUCAGUGUGUCUCCUUCUUUCUGGCUGGCCAUUCCAAUCCCAGUAAUUAUUUAGUUUAGAACUUUGGUAAAAUAGGAAGUCGGAGUGGCUUGUGCUAAAACUCUUGCUAUUUCUCUAUUUUGCUCUUUCUACCUGGGCUAUGAGGUCCCAUUCUGGGAGAUAAUAGGUUAAUUAGAGCUGACCAGGGGCAGUCCAGGGUAGAGAAUCUAUCCUAUUGGUCCAAAUUUUGACUUGGAGAAGAUAACCCAGGAAUCCGGAAACUUCAGAGGCUAGUUAGCGAUUUUGUGAAGAAGGACGGCUGUAGUUGAGAAGCCUUAAAAGAGGGAGAAGUGGACAGCGCCUGAAAGGAAAGUAGGAGCCAGAGCUGAUCACUAGGCAUCAAGCCGGGGAGGACCCGAGGAACCUCAGUUUAAGUCAUCUUCUGUGCGCAGGCUGCCCGUGGCAACUUCCAUGGCGGGGCUGAUCUUUCAGGGUCCUCUUCCGAUUUCCCCGGCGAGUUCAGGACUCCUCAGAGUCCUACCUCAUCAAAUUAUGCUCACCUUCUCUCCACACUGCUUUGGAUUCUAAGCUCUUCAUCUAUCAGGGUUAAGGAAGAUCUCUUAUGGAACCAUCUGUGGUCAUUUUUCUCAUUCUGGUGCUCUGUAUCUCCUGUUUGUUCCUCAUUUCAUCAAGGAAAAAGAGCCAUGGAAAAGGACAGCUUCCACCUGGCCCUUUCCCCCUUCCAAUUGUUGGAAAUUUGCUGCAGUUAGACACAAAGCAUAUCGACAAAUCCCUUGGCUCACUGACAAAAGUCUAUGGUCCAGUGUAUACUCUGCACUUUGGUUCUGAACGUGUUGUUGUGUUACAUGGGUAUGAGGCAGUGAAAGAAGCUUUGAUUGAUCAUGGAGAAGAGUUUGCUGCCAGAGGAAGUCUCCCAAUUAUUGAUGCUGUUAGCAAAGGAUUUGGGCUAGUUUUUAGCAAAGGUGAGAGAUGGAAGGAACUCCGUCGCUUCUCCCUCAUGACUCUGAGGAAUUUGGGGAUGGGGAAGAGGAGCAUUGAGGAGCGAGUCCAAGAAGAGGCAAAGUACCUGGUGGAGGAAUUUAAAAAAUCAAAUGGACAGCCCUGUGAUCCCAAGUUCAUCCUGGAGUGUGUUCCUUGCAAUGUCAUCUGCUCUGUCAUUUUCCAGAAACGUUUUGAAUACAGUGACCGGAAAUUGCAAACUUUAAUGGAGCUUUUAGAUGAAAAUAUCAAAAUCCUUACCUCACCCUGGAUACAGGUGUACAAUUUUAUCCCAUCACUGGUACAUUAUCUCCCAGGACCUCACAGGACAUUCCUUAAUAACUGUAAAAUAAUGCAUAAUUUUAUAGAGGAGAAAGUGAAGGAACACCAAGAGACCCUGGACUCCAACAACCCACAGGACUUUAUUGACUACUUCCUGAUACAAAUGGGGCAGAAAAAACAAAACCAACAAUCUGAAUUUACUAUGGAAAAUUUGAUCCUCACGGUAUCUGACCUAUUUAUUGCGGGAUCAGAGACAACCAGCACCACUCUAAGAUAUGGACUCCUGCUACUACUGAAAUACCCUGAAAUAACAGAUAAAAUUCAUGAAGAAAUUGACCGUGUGAUUGGCCGAGACCGAAGUCCCUGCAUGAAGGACAGAAACAGUAUGCCUUACACUGAUGCUGUGAUACAUGAGAUACAGAGACAUCUUGAUUUAAUCCCCUUCAAUUUGCCCCAUGCAGUAAAACAAGACACUCGGUUCAGAGAAUAUGUCAUCCCCAAGGACACAACCAUAUUCACAUCAUUGUCCUCUGUUCUGUAUGAUGAGAAGGAAUUCCCUAAUGCAGACCAGUUUGAUCCAGGUCACUUCCUGGAUGAAAGUGGCAACUUUAAGAAGAGUGAUUAUUUCAUGCCUUUUUCAAUAGCCCUCAAGGAUUUGAUUCACCGGAGCCUUGCAACUUGAGUUCAUGUUGAACUUAUUGUCCCCUGUGAUGUUAUGUAAGGAACUUCAUCUCUCUGUGUGUCAGCAUUUUUAUGUAUCAAAUGAAGGCAUGUGGAUUAGAUCCUUUCUAAGGACCAGUUCAAUCCUAAAUUCUGUUAGAAGGAUGGAAAGAAUUUUUUUUAUUUCUGGUAUUGUUUAGGCAAUGAAUAAGCACUUGAAGAAAUAUCUAGAUCAUUGGGAUUUGGAACAAUUGCUCCAUCUCCUCCCACCUCCCACCGAAAAAAAACAAACAGUAGAGCUCAAAGGGUAGGUCACUGUGUUCUCAUCUCCAGACUUAUCACUAAUACCUUAGACUAGCAAAAACUAUUGCACUCUGAUGUACCCUUAGCCAAGAGUCAUACCUAGACAGCCCAAGAUCUUGUACCCAAAAGCUUUGGCAAUAGCAGUGUCCCCUAAAACAUCAGACCUGUUCCUAGACAAGGCCCUGCAAUCAUCUUUGAGGGGAGAAAUCGCCUUUGAGAAGAGGCUUACUUUCAUAUUCACCACCAGCACCAAGCUGGUCAACUGCCACCAAAGCACAGAGUGCUGGGACCCCCAGACCACUGAUCCUUGUAGCCAAAUCCUUACAGCCAUCAUUUAAAGAAGCAACUCUUGUGGAAAAGGGUCUGGUCAUCCCUACCAACCACCAGCCAACUGCUACACAUUGAGUAGGCAAGCCAUCCUCAUUGAAGGAGCAAGGUACUUGAAAGAAAGACAGGAAGCCAUAUUUGCCAGGCAAAUCAAACCACUCCACCAUAUUGGCCAUCAAUUCUCCUCAGACUCUGUUGAGGAAAGCUCAAGAUUGUGAACUCAGGAGCCUUUGGAAUCGCAAUCUUUCCAGACUUAGUUAUCCUGGGGAGCAUACUCCUCUACAGAGGAGCAGCCUGGUAACUCCUCCUGCAGGUGCUAUAGCCUGCUAUUGAAGAUCCAGAAAAGAAAGCUCUUGUCCUCAAAGUCCUUUUCACUAUCAAAGGAUUCAAUAUCAAAAACUGAUAUGAGUGUAUCCAUGAAAGUACCAUUACCGCUGUUCUCCAAGCACGAUAGGACCUUUUCAUUUACCUUGUAGCUGAAACCUUCCAAAUGUGUUGUCUCCUCCAUUACAAUGAGUUCCAUGAAAACAAGGACUAUUUGUAUCCUAGGAAUUUAGCAUAGGGUUUUGCAGAAGGUGAACAUUCAUUCAUUCAUUCAUCUCUUGGGUAAAUUUUUUAAGAACUCAUGGCAGCAAGAUUCAACUUUGCAUAUCAUUAAAAUGAAAAAAAUUGUUGAUAUCUCAAUGACCUGUUACUCAGAUGUCAAUAUGGAUCGAUUAUCCAAAGUCCUAUUUUAGAGUUUUGCAAUAACAGAAAUUUGAUCUCUGACUAGAAUAAGCAUGUCAAACAGUUAAUCCCAGAAUGCCUCACUGUCCAAGGUCAUAAUCAAAUAAGAGAACUUCCCCUUUGGUCUUUUAUCACAUACUGGGAGAACCCAUCUCUGUAAACAAAUAAUAAUAGUGGUAAUCAGGUUAGAACUAUCAGUGUUAGAGGUUGUUAGGCAGCUGCCUUGUGUUUGCCUAGUUAUUCCCAUUGCAAGAUUGAAGCUGAGAAGGUAAAGAUGAAUGGUAGUGGUAGGUGAUUGGAUUGGCACUAAGCAGGAAGUAGGGGGAUGAAGAAGGGAGCAGGUUCUAGAGCUGUGUUGCCUGUCCAGAAUAGUGACUGAUGGAAUGAGCUAAAAUUUAUUAAGCACUCACUAUGUGCCAAGCACCAGGUUAUUAUCUGAGGAUAAAUAUGAAAACAAAGAUAUUUCAGAUAGUUCCAGUCCUCAAGAAUCUUACAUUCCAAUGGAGAAAACAAUAUAUAUAUAUAUAUAAUGGAGUGGUGACCAAGGAAAGGAAUUUUGGUACAGUAAUAUACAGUAAAGGUGAAUGGGGUCAUGGGAAUAAACACACAAGAUCACACCUUAAAGAUGAAUUUUUUUCCAACCUGAAAUCUAACCACUGACCUCUUGAAGUAGACUCUAAACUAAGAACUUUGGCUUUAGGAAGACUAUCUCCUAACUUAUGUUCUCAAUAACAACAGUAUUUAAGAGCAUCUUUGAUUUAAUCUGAGGAGGUAUUCCUUUCACCAACACAGAAUUCAGUCCUUACACAUAUUAAUAGAUAGUUUUCUAAGUUGCUGUGGCCAAAAAUAUUUUUUAGUAAAGAGCUUUUUUGAACUUGGACACACUGGUCUUCAGAUUCAGAAUCUAUAAUUUGUUGCCAGGCUUUUGAGCCAGAAUUACAUAGAGUGCUUGGGUUUUUGUACCUUAGGUGACAUCCUGGGGAGGAAGAUUCUUCCUCCUGUCGAUGUUAAACUUUUCUUUUUUCUUCACACUCCAUCUCCCUAUCUAGUGCUAGCUGUCUGGGUUGCCAUCCUAUUAGAGGCAUGAAGUCAUCCCAUCCUUUUCUGGGAAGUGGGGUGUUGCAUUCUUUCCAAUUUAUGCUAAGUGGACUGCCCACCAACAUUCGACCUGGCCCAAGAACCCAUGAUAUGUAGGAUGUUUAGGAUCAGCUGGCAGCCACCUAUAAUAAACUAUUCUCUAUCUCCCUCUGCCCUUUCUUUCCACUAUACUCUGGGGCACUUAUAUUUCAGUGGAAAGAUCACCAACUUUAGAGUCAGAAGACAUGAACUCAAAUUCCAGAUAUGCUACCCAUGUGAACUUUAGGGAUUCAUCUCACCUCUCUGGGCCUCAGCUUUCUCAUCUAUAUACUUUGGGUUGUUAGACUAGAUGAUCAUUAAAGUCCCUGACAUUUUGAUAUUAGUUAUCUUAAUCUCUUGUCAAAUUCAUUCUACUUUUUGAAUCUCACUGAAGCUUUCUCAUGAUGACAUCACAUCUCUUGGUACCCUUUCCAUGACUGGCAUUUUUUCCCUCCCCUCACUUUCCUCUCCCCUGGCUGAAGUUCCUUCAGGAGAUUGACUCUGGUAUAUUCAACAAGAUAGUUGAUGAGGAAACUGUGAAGAAAAUGGCUGGAAGAGAGCAACUGCCCAAAUACAAAAUGAAAAUCAUUCCCUUGUUACUCCUCCCUACCACUGGCACUUCAGUAGUUCUGACAUUGGUCUUUGUGGGUUUGAGUAGGGACUAAUUUGCAAUCUUUGGGAGCCUUUAAUGACUUCCCACAGAAUUAAAAUCUCAGCACCUGCUCUGGUCCUGGAAAGUGGAUUUAGAGAGAGGAAACUGAGAUAGAAUCCCCUCCUUGCAUAGCUGGGCUUUGGUUUUCAAAAGUCAAGAAACUCCUACUUCUACUCUAUGAGUCAAGUACAUAGUGUAAUCUCUAGACAUUAAAGACCAUUGAUUAAAGGAGAAUAUUGCAUCAGAUGCUCUUGGGCAGAGAGGACAAAACUAUAAGGUCCUUGACCCAAUGUUAAUGGGUGGUGGUGAGGUAGCAUAAACUAGUAGGAAUGGUCUGAAUCAAGUAAGAAUCUUUGAAUAUCAUGUAUUUGUAUUUG